AUGGCAGUUGAGAGUUCAAGUUUAGACGAAAUGGAGGUUCUCAGAGGAAUGUUAUCAGUGCCUAAAUUCAAUGAUUUCAUGAGUCCUGAUGAAUUUGAAGCAGUUAUGAUACCACUGAUGACAGAUAAUACCAACAAUCUAAGACAAAAUGGACGCAUAGAGAAUAGAUUCAACUCUGAAGGAUAUCUUUUGCCCCAGUGUAUUGCAAGAUUCAAUGAUGCAACAUACAGGUAUACGUACCAUGUGUACCGUCUUGGAAUCAGACCAGAUCAUGUUGGCCACAGCUUACAAGAACUUUCAUCUUUAUCGAGAUCAGAUGAUGUGCAAAGAAGAAAUAUGGCUCUAAAUACUCUGGCGAAUAUUCUGAAGAUCGAUCGAACGGGAGUUUAUAAAAGAGUUAUUGAAUUGCCAAUAGGGCAAAUCUUUUUUGUGCUUAAAUUCAAUUUGGAUGAUGAUACACCAUCAAUUUUAAUAGCAGCAAUAAGAGCUUUGAGGAAUUUGGUUUAUUUUCCAAUUGGUGAAAUUUGUUUGGAUAAAAUGGCCUGUAGUGGAAUGGGUAUUAUACAACCAGUUAUGUCAAUUGAUGAUGCUAUGGAAGAUGAUGAUACUUUGGAUGAUGAGCAAUUGGCAGAGAUCAAUUUAACUAAAUGUUUGAUCAGGACUGGGACCUUGGAAAGAAUCAGAUAUAUUGUUAACAUAGUAAAACCAAAGAUGGAAAUUAUAGUCAACUGCAUUGAAAUUCUUAUAAGACUUGCCAGAGAUUCCAAAUUUGUUGUCGAUAAAAUCUUGGAGUGUGAAGGACUUAUGAGCAGCUUGAUAAGAUAUUUCUUGCCAACAAUGGAAUCAGUGGGAUUAGAUAAUUCUUGCCCUGAUUGGUAUUAUUCGCCUUUACCACAAAUGAUUAAACUACUAAGAGUUUUAUCUGCGAGAAGUAGAAACAUUGCUGCCAAUUUGUUGGAAGAAUAUGAUUUGUUAAAUACUAUGAUACCAUAUUUGGACGAAGGUAAUUUUUUUCAAAACGAUACGAAUUUGCAAGUGGAAUGUCUGCGCUAUUGGACACUUGUUCUCCAUUAUGAAUUUCCUAUGGAUGCAUACAGGUAAGAGAAAACCUUUUUAUAUGCAACUGAAGUAAGGAUCAUUUAUCUACCUCGCUCCCAGAAUGUACAACUUGUUGCUACUUCAAAUUAGGACUAUGCCAAG